AUCUUCAAGACAACAAGAUAGACGGGGAGGACAUUCACGAUAAUGAUGAUGAUGAUGAUGAUGAAGAACCCCGUGGCUCUGAUGACCUGCUCCUUGCUCUUCUUGUCUCUCGCUGUCCCGGCAUAUCAAGGCAGCUUCGGUCCAGACGAGUGCUGCUUCAACUUCAUCUCCACGAGGCUGCCGAGAAACAAGGUGGUGAGCCACAAGUUCACCGACGAGCGCUGCUCAAUGGACGGAGUCUUCUUCACGAUGAGGAACGGAGCUAAAAUCUGUGCCGACCCGUCUGAGCCGUGGGUCAAGUUCCUGGUCAAGGCCAGAGAGAGGCUCCGGAGCAACCAACCCGGACGCCAUCUUUAAAGCCACACCUACAGAGAGGCGUGUUGGUGGUUCAUUCUCAUAUAAAGCUUUCUAUGCUAAGAUAACAAUAAAUGUCCCACAUUUUUUUAUAAUCUGUGCUUUUGUCUGUUUUAAUUUGGUUUUAAAGCGAUUUAUUAAAAAUAUAGUGUUCUGCUUUGUUAUUAAAUACAAAUUCCUUUCUUUU